AUGAAGGCUGGUUGGAAUCCAAUUGGAUCUGCACUGUUGCUGGCUACGUGCCUUCCCGCAGUCUGGGGACAGCAAUGUCCAGACCACCCAGAAAAUCACAUUGGUGACUCUGUAGAGACCAGCAGUGGACUGGUUGAGGGGCACGCUGCGCCUCGCAGGCCUGCAGUCUCUGAAUACUUGGGUAUUCCCUAUGCUUCAGCACCAAUUGGAGAUCUCCGAUUUGAGGCUCCGGUGGCUUAUGAAGCCAAUGGCACUAUCCACGCAACUGCCUAUGCUCCCAAGAUCGUCAAGUCGUUUACCCAAGCCCUUGGUACUUCACAAAGUGAAGACUGUCUUUUCUUGAAUGUGUGGACCCGUCCCACAGUCUCCAAGUUGAAACCAGUCCUGCUAUGGUUCCAUGGUGGUCGUUUCACUGGAGGCGGCGCUAACAAUCCAUACUAUGAUGGACAAGCCUUGGCUGAUGAGCAUGAGGUGGUGGUGGUGACCAUCAACUACCGAUUGAACAUUUUUGGUUUCUCUGGCGCACCUAAUCUUCCCCAAAAUGUCGGACUGCUGGAUCAACGCAUGGCAGUGGAAUGGGCCCAUCGCAAUAUCGCCGCCUUUGGUGGAGACCCGGAGCGCAUCUCAAUCUUUGGCCAGUCUGCUGGCGGCGCUGCCGUUGACUAUUAUUCGCAAGCUUGGGCAGACGAGCCCCUAGUUGCCGGUCUCAUCUCGCACUCCGGAACGUCGCUCAGCUUUGUGCCCAAUACCGCCGAGGAAUCCGCCAGUUACUUUUACACUGCUUCCAAGCUUCUUGGUUGUGGGGAUCAAACCAGCGACCCCGAAGAAGUUGUCAAGUGCGUUCGCCAGAAGCCGUUCACCGAUGUCGUCAAGGCGGGUGGCAAGGUCCCGCCAGCACCUUCACCAGCCCUUCCACAGGCAGUGUUCCAUCCGACAGUGGAUGGAGUUACCGUGUUUGGCAACUACGCCGAGCGAGCUGCCGCUGGCCAAUUCGCACGUCUGCCAUAUUUGAUCAACAGCAAUCAUUACGAACCCGGCUACUAUCGCAUCAGCGCGUUCAACGCAAAUAUAUCUCUCAGUGACGCAGCAUGGCAAACUUUCAAUGAUGCGGCUUUCACUUGCCCUAGUGGUGCGUCCGCAAGAUAUCGAGCUGACAACGAUGUUCCAGUCUGGCAAUCUCACUACUUCGGUGACUGGGACAACCUACGUCUGCAUCCUAACAGUGGAAGCUACCACGGUGCCGACCUGCCUAUGAUAUUCGGAACUGGAGAGCAAGUCAGUGGAAUUCCUAACAGUGACCGUGAGAAUGAAUUUGCCCGGUACAUGGCUUCCGCUUGGGUUGCAUUCGCAAGUGAUCCUCAAGAAGGCCUGACUAAAUUCGGAUGGCCCCGAUAUGAUCCUAAUAGUAGGUUCCUGAUCAAAUCCCCUAAACUCUUUAUAUCUAACAAUUUAACAGAGAAAACACUGGUUGGACUUGCCUACAACGAUGGCUCCAAUGCCCAGUUGCUCCUACCCGAGGAGGUCGAGCAGGAAUGUGCUGCUUUGAAUGGGGAUAGCACUCCCGGAAAAGGUGCCUUUUAG